UGCACUUGCAAUCCGUCGCGUCUCGCCAUUGGAAAAAAACAAACAGAAAACAAGAGAAAAGUCAGAGACAGAGGAAAGAAAGAACGAAGGAAAGGGUCUUUCGGGAGGUUUUUGGAAGGAAAACAUUCCCUCCCUUGUCCCUUCUCGUUCCCCUUUCUCAUUGUCCUUCUCCUCCUCCUCCUUUGCUUUCCUUCGCAUAACAACAAAAUCAGAGAAGCAAAGAGCAAUAAGAAACUACAUAAGAAACAAAGUUUUUCUCAUUCACAUGAUGAUCCCAACCGAAUAGUCCGUGCUGCAAAGAACCCACCUUCUUUCUCUCUCCAUUUAACGACGCGUUUCCUCGUCUCAUCUACCGGCCGGCUUCCUUAUUCUCUCAUUGUAAUUUGCGGUUCCUUUCAAUGUCAUGGUGAUGGGUGAUGUGGGUGUCGUGUUGAAAAGAGAGGUUCAAAUUCCGGAGGAGAACUGGGAGAGAGCGGAUGAAGCUGCAAGGAAGAUAGUUAAUAGGAUUCGUCCAACUGUUGAAGCCGAUUGUAAGAGAAAGGAGGUCAUAGAGUAUGUGCAGGCUCUCAUUAAAUCUUCCCUUGGAUAUGAGGUUUUCCCAUAUGGGUCAGUCCCACUGAAGACAUAUCUUCCAGAUGGAGAUAUUGAUUUGACUGCCAUUUGCAGUCCAGCUGUUGAGGAUGCAUUGGUCACUGAUGUUCAUGCUGUUCUGAGACGAGAAGAGCGGAGUAAGGAUGCUCCAUAUGAAGUGAAGGAUGUCCAUUGCAUUGAUGCUGAGGUUAAGCUUAUAAAAUGCAUUGUACAAAAUAUUGUGGUAGAUAUAUCCUUUAAUCAGUUAGGAGGGCUUUCUACUCUCUGUUAUCUUGAACAGGUUGAUCAGAUUGUUGGCAGAAAUCACCUCUUUAAACGCAGCAUCAUUCUGAUAAAAGCUUGGUGUUAUUAUGAGAGUCGUAUUCUUGGUGCCCAUCAUGGUUUAAUUUCAACAUAUGCUUUGGAAACACUAGUUUUGUAUAUCCUCCAUGUAUUUCACACUUCCUUAAGUGGGCCUUUGGCAGUUCUGUACAAAUUCCUGGAUUACUUCAGCAAGUUCGAUUGGGAUAAUUAUUGUAUUAGUAUAAAUGGGCCAGUUUGCAAAUCUUCUCUUCCCAACAUUGUCGCUGAGCCACCUGAAAAUGGGAAGGAUGAAUUGUUGCUUAGUGAUGAAUUUCUUAGAAAAUGUGUGGAUAUGUUCUCAAUACCAUCAAGGAGUCCUGAGAUCAAUUCACGGCCUUUUCCCCUGAAGCAUCUAAAUGUUGUUGAUUCUCUGAAAGAAAAUAACAACUUGGGCCGCAGUGUCAACAGAGCUAGCUUCCAUCGAAUACAGGGUGCUUUCAAAUAUGGAGCUCGCAUUCUUGGCCGGAUUCUUUCAUUACCAAGUGAGAAAAUGAUCAAUGAGCUCAACAAGUUCUUUGAAAAUACUUUGGACGGACAUGGGCGCAAUUAUUGGAGUCAUGUUCAAAAGUCUUGUGUAGUAUCUGGCAGUGGAAAUUCUGAUAAUUCAUCCUCAUCAUCAUUUUCUGAUAAAAGCUCUGAAGGUAGUAUGCUUCUGAAAUCAACUGUUGAUUACAGUAGUGAUCAACUUUGUGAGACAUCAUGUGGAGAAAAUGGAAAUUCUGAAAAUAAGAUAUCCUAUGGAAAAAUGACUGAUGGUGAGAUUGGCUGCACAUUAAGGUCAGAAUCCAAAGAGAACCAUUUUGUGGUUAACAAUUCAACCUGUUCAUGUGCUAAUCACGAGGGUAAAGCUGCUUUGGGUUCAGCAAUUGCAAUUCUUGUCAAUAACACCUCAGCAGAGAACCUAACUCCUACUAUUGGGGAAAGAGACUUUGCUAGCAUUUCUGGGAACUCUCAAUCUUUCAAAUCCUUAUUGGACCUCAAUGGAGAUUAUGAAAACCACUUUAGGAGUGUAGUAUUUGGUCAAUAUUGCCAUUUCUAUGCUGUAUCUGCUCCCAUACUACUCUUUCCUCCCAUGUUACCUCAGUCUGAUAAUAAAAAUCCUUGGGAAACUGUCCGUCAAUCCUUACAAUUGAAACAGAAUGUUCAAUCUCAAAUGAACAAAAAUGGUGUUUCGAGACAACAAAGAUACUCUUUGAACCCUCCAGCACCACUGAGUGCUGCUUUCAAUUCUGAAGAAAAGAGAAAACGACGAGGAACAGGAACAUACAUUCCCAGCAUGAGUUAUCAUUCAAAUUGGGAUAGGCUGCCUUCAGGAAGAGGGAAGAACCAGACUGCAGGAGGAAAUGGUGAGCUGCAUAAGCACACUCAUGAUAAUGGGUUAGCUGCAACUUCACAAGAGAGAAAUUCUUCUAAAUCUGGCCAUGAGCUUUCAGAGGCAGAAUACCCAUAUCUGGGGAAUGGAAAGCCUGUACCAUCAGAGAUUCGGAUAUCUCAGUCAUCCGUGUGGGGUUCUUUCAAUGCCAAUGGCUUCUCUCGCCUAUCUGAAAGAAUUGAUUCUGGGUCUGAGGGCCUUCAACGGCAUGAAGAGUCCAUGCCAGAAAGGAUCACCCCGCUUUAUUCUGGCAUUUCAUGUACAUGGGGCUCUGCUUCAAUCCCAGUAGAAACGGCAGCAGAGGGGUCUGAACCAGUUUUAGAAAAUGAGCAAGAAAGGAUUGCACAGAAUUCAUAUCGUCUGAAGGAUGAAGUUGAUUUUCCUCCUCUUUUCCAAGGGAGAGCAGUGGGGAUGUAGUAGUACCACAGGAAAUGUGCGCAAGUUUUAGAUGCUAACAUCUUCAUAGAUCUAGGUAGACUUAUAUUUUGUUUUCUUCUCCUUUUGCUUGAAGUGUUUUUUUUUUAACAUAAAUGCACUGGUUGUUUCUUGCUUUUCCAUCUGAAUGUUUUUAGGAUGUUCAACUUGUCAAAUAGAAGAAUUUGUGCAGUAAAUACAAAUACCGCAUUGUAGAAAUUUGAAUGCUACUCUUCACCUCCAAUAGAGUUGUCUCUGAAUUUCCCA